GUCGUAACAUAACGGCAACGACAUAGUCAGUCUUCUGCGAACGUUCGGGUGUUUUGGUUGUUUUGUUUGUUCAUUGUCAGCCAAAUUUCAUGUUAUUCGUUCUCAACAUACAUCACACAUAGUUCAUCCCAAAAUUAAUUUUAUAUUUCAAUCCUACGCUUCGACGAUUCCUAUAACAAUACGAAGAGCACGUGGCUUAAUAAUGUGCGAAUAGUAAUCGGUUGGAAAUCAAAACCAUCGGGACUCGACCAAUCGAAAGGGAGGGAAGAAGGACAGAAUCAUUGGUGCUGUGUUAGACAUGCGAUUACAGACGUGAAUUGUGGUCAGAACGAACGCAGCGACACUCGUGGAAAGAAACCCCAAACGUAGUUUAUCGAACGAUGACCACUUCUGCCCACUGUUCUCCAUCCCGAUCGUCGUUAAGCUGCUGUCAGGUCGAACACAACAGCCGCGAUGACGUACACGGAGUGACAGUUGCCGCGAAAGACAGUUAUUUCGUAGAAGAUAAAUACUCUUUCCCCAGAAAGCCCGAGGUGGACCUCGCUUUUUAUGACGUCCGAUAUAGAGUAAAAGAAUGGACCUUUCGACAGUUAAGACCCAAAUCCAAAGAAAUUCUUCAUGGUAUCAGUGGGGAAUUCAAAGCUGGCGAACUAGUCGCCAUAAUGGGGCCUUCUGGGGCCGGGAAGUCGACUUUGUUGAACGUCUUAGCCGGCUAUACAGUGAAAGGCGUUCGGGGAAAGAUUCUAGUGAAUGGAAAAGUUAGGGUUCCGUACAGUGAGAGAUGGAAGAGAACAUCAUGCUACAUACAACAGGAAUCCCUAAUGAGAACAAGGAUCACCGUGGGAGAAGCCAUGACAUUAGCUGCACACUUAAAACUUGGCUACAGUAUAAAUUCAGCCUAUAAACACACUCAAGUUUUGGAACUCUUAGAAAUGUUAGGAUUAAGCCAUUGCUAUGACACCCUUUGUGGAAAGUUGUCCGGCGGACAGAAAAAGCGACUUGACGUCGCUCUGGAGCUUUUAAGUAAUCCUUCAGUAUUAUUCCUCGACGAACCAACAACCGGUUUGGAUUCGUCUUCGUGCAGCCAGUGCGUCGCGUUGUUGAAGCGUCUUGCUAAAAUAGAAAGGCGUACGAUAAUAUGCACGAUACACCAACCAAGUGCGUUGCUCUUAGAGAUGUUUGAUGCCAUUUACGCGGUUGCCGGUGGAUAUUGCAUAUAUAGGGGGUCGGUUAAAUCUCUGUUGCCUCAUAUGUCCUCGAUCGGUAUUGAUUGCCCGCCUUACCACAACCCAGCUGACUUUCUUUUAGAAGUAGCGAUCGGAGAUUACGGCGUUACUGUGGACAAAUUAGCAGCUGCUGUGGAAACAGUGUCUAAAGAUGACAAUAAGGCCGUUACUUACGCGAUGAAAUCACAGUUAGAAGAAAGCGCAAAUGAACCACCAACACCUGCAGGAUUCAUCGCACAAUGUUACCUACUUUAUAAGAGACAAUUACUUUGCCUCAAAAGAGACUACACAUUAUUGGUAGUACGAUUGUUGUGUCACCUGUUAAUUGGAAUAAUCUUCGGCUAUCUGUACAUGGGAAGCGGUUACAGAGCGAACGGUGUCCUUGCUAAUUACGUUUACCUGUAUGGAUCGUUACUACUACUCGUUUACACGGGUAAAAUGGCCGUCACACUUGCCUUUCCACAAGAAAUGCGGAUACUCAGCAGGGAACACUUUAAUCGGUGGUAUGGGCUAGCACCGUACUAUAUCAGUCUACUGCUCGUCGAAAUACCGUUUCAAGCAGCUUGUGCAGCGACCUAUUUAACUGUGAGUUACUGGUUAACAGGGCAACCCAUAGAAACUCCUCGCAUAAUUUCUUUCAUGGUUGUCAGCAUAGCCGCUAGUUUAACAGCUCAAGCAUGGGGCUUUUUUAUUGGCGCGACCACGCCAGUGAAGAUCGCGGUAUUCGCAGGACCCAUAAUUGCAGUGUUAUUUUCCGUAUUCGGGUUCUGUAUUCGAUACAUGGAUACGCCACAGAUGUUCCGAUGGAUGUUUCAUAUAUCAUACUUUCGCGCUAGUUUCCACAGCCUGUUACACACUGUCUACGGUUUCGAUCGGAUGGACUUGAAAUGUGACGACUUCUAUUGUCAUUAUAAGAAACCAACACAAUUCCUUAAAGAAAUGGAGAUAGUCAACAUAAGCGUCGCGAACAAUCUCAUUUUAAUUAUUGGUAUCGGCGUCUUAAUGCAUUUAUUAACUGCCAGUGCUCUCUGGUGCAAGCUUAACAGAAGAUAAGAACUACUUAUUUUCUAUCUUUGAUAUUUCAAUAUCGUUAUCAGCCAAUUAUAUGCGAUCUUCUUUACCAUAGAAGAUAGCGCUGAAAGACUUCCUUCAAGGCCUUGUAGGAACGGAUCGAAAAACGUUGAAUUUUUUGUAUCAAGAACUAUAGAAAUUAUCUAUUAAACGUUUAUGAAGUAAAUUCUUUUGUACUGUACUUAUGAAUUGUACAAAAAUUGUGUUGAUAUCUUAACAUUUGAAAACGUGUAAAAAUUAUGGAUUAGUUGUCGAUGGCAAUGUAUGAACUUAAUCGUACUAUUAGCAAGUAGAGUUUCUGAAUAUAGAUGUAUCGCUACACGUUAUUCAAUAAUUAUCACAUUACUCCGUGAUUGCCGGGAUUAUUACCUUAUUGUACGUCUUUUUUAUCGGAUCUCUUAUAUCAGAGACUUUCGUAGGAAAUGAGUCACGAAAGCUUUAAAAUGUACUGUAGUCUCGAAUACCUUUAAGAGUUACAUAAAUGUAAUGUAGGAUGCACAUAAUAGCUAAGAAAAAAUUCUAUUUUUUUAUCACGUUUUCAUAUAUUACAAUGUUAUUGAUAGUCUAAUGGUAUUGAUAAUUAGAUUGCAGAUUUUUAUGCGUUCAUACAGAACUUAAAAAUGCGAAAUGUAUACACAAUAUACAAAAAUACAUAAAUAUUUAAAAUAUAGUACUCAUCGUAAUAUUCAGUAGAUGAAAUAAAUUAUAUUAGAUUUUAUUUCUUGUAUUCAUAAAAGUAUAAAUUUGCAUAAAAACUCGAGAUCUAUUGAUGAUAGUAUAUUAAAUCAUUCAAUAUACUAUUUAUAUGCUACGAUUAAAAAUAAAAUCGACGGUCUAUGUUAGGUGUAAUUAUUGCACUGUUUACGAUACGAUUAAUUUGAAAAAUUAAUCGAGAAUCAAGCAAGUUAUCAAUUUGAAACAUUGAAAGUGAUAUUGGAACAUUAACAAAAAUUAAGCACUUGGUUAUACUAAAAGUAUAUGACAUUAUAGAAAUUAUAAUAUUAAGAUCAGGGCAUUGUUUAUAUCAUUUUCCAGUCAGUAGGCGAUGGUCUCAAAAAGUUAUCGUGUGCUUAUUUUGCUUAUAGC